UGGGGUCUGACAGCCACUCUCCAAAGAAACAACACAAACAUCAACGGAGGGAAAUUUAAUCAGAGAAAGGAGAGAAACUGAGUUAUCAGCGAACUCUGCUUUACUUUCCAUCAAAUAAACGAUGAGAUAAUUGACUACAUUACUGCAUUAUUGACCGUUUAAAUGCAGGAAAGCCUCGCAGGUCCUGAUCUGAAAGCAGCCGCGUUUUGUGCGGUUUAUGUAGCUAAAGCUAAUGAGCUUCAUGCGGAAAAUCCGCUAAAAGUUUAUCUCUCAGGAUCUCAGAAACCGAGAAACACAGACACCAUGCCUCUGAAGAGCAGGGAUUCAGAUCCCGCCUCUCUACUGUACACUGCAGUGAACGACACGGAUCUCAGGACAGUCGAGUCUUUGUUGCUGCAGGGGGUCAACCCUAACCUUAUGCUUCCUGAGGGUUUAGCUGCUGUUCAUUUGGCUGCAGGUAAAGAGUCAGAGAAAGGACUUCGCUGCCUUAAACUCAUCCUGCAACACGGUGCUGACCCAAACCUCAGGUCUAGUGAGGAUCUGACUCCGUUACAUAUUGCCGCAUCAUGGGGUUGCUAUCAGAAUCUCAAAUUACUCCUGAAAAAUGGUGGGAACCCCAGCCUUAAAGACCAUGAUGGAAAUAAGCCAGCAGAUCUGGCUGAACAGGAGGAGAACAGUAAAUGUGCCAGCUUGCUGCAGGAGUUUGAGUCUCAGGCACCACAAGUGGAAUAUGAAGACAUGCCCAAAUUCCAAUACUCGAUCUACUCUGGCCACUCUUUGAGGGACAGCAGCAUUGACCUCUCAAUGCUGAGCAAUUUUGGUGAGGGACCACUGAGCAGCACCAGGCAGUCCAGCUUUUUCAGGAUGUCUGGGAUAAGUGGGCAGCCCUUCAGAGACAGAGGAGCUCAUGAUUCCUGGCUUUCUGAUGUUUCUGGACUGAACAGACGUGAGAGUGAGGUGUUUGACAGAACAGAAGCUUUUGGAGAUACACUGCCAGUUCUGUCCAGCACCCGUCUGUCUGUUAUUGACUUUAAAAGUCCAGAGUGGGAAGCCCUGCCCAAGAAUGAAGAUUUCUGUUUGAAUUCAGAGCGUUCUGCGCAGUUUCUUCAACCAAGCCGGAAGAGUGUCACAUUCAGGGAUUCUAAUGAGUAUUUUCCAGCACAGAGUUUCCGGAGCCCAGAUGGAAGAACAUGUGAGAAUUUUGGGGACACGACUGUAGAUUUCUCCCAGUAUUCAGACUUUUUGGAUUCAGGACGAAUGACCACAGUGUUGCAAAACCAAGGCAUUGACGUGACCUCCCCAGACAAUGUGUUUGUGUUUUGUCGUGGGGGAAGUAUGCGAGAGGAAGACUUUGAAAAGACAAUAAUGGGACCAGGACUGCUUGAGGAACUAAGUGGUGAUGAACAUGAUGAUGAUAAUAAUAAUGAUGAUGUGUUUUCUAAUAGUGUCAAUGAGGUAAAAAGUAACAAUCAGGCUCCUGUUUUUAGCAGUAGUGGAUCUAGUAAGUACAGCAGCUGUGAUAGUGAUCAGUAUAAGACUGCAAUAGAAGGGUCUGAGCAUAAUAGACACUUCUCACCUUUGGAGAAAGAGGAAAUUUUGGGGGAUGAACAUGGAGAUGCUGCUAAAGAGUCUCAUGGAGAGUCUCAUUCUUCUGGAUUGAGCACAGAAGAGUCUGACAAGGGAAGUAUCAACUUGAUCGCAGACCAAAGCACAAAAACACAGACAGGGGAUAAAUCUCAACCCCAUAGCAGCAUUCUGGAGACUGAAGAACAGAUGAACACUCCAAGCCCUUUCGUAACCGGCAGGACGCGCUCGCGACUCAGCCGCUGCUCACAGAGAUGCAGCAACAUCUCUCCAUCUGUGUUCUCCACUUCUUCUCUUUUUGAACACACCCUGCCCACACCAACAAGGGUGCGCCGCAACACUCCGCAACACAAAUAUCCCCACAACUCAGAAGAAACCCAGUCUGGAGGACAUUGUUUUGAGGAAAAUGGGUUAGAUGACAUUAAUGUCAGCAUGAGAAACCUGAAGGUGUCUUCAGUCCAAAGCUUUGACGAGAACCCGAGCCAAGCAGACACACUUAUUAUCUCUGAAAGCUUGGCUGACACGGUCAUAAUCCCAAGGAGCGAUGCUGAGGAUGGUUCUGAAGGAGAUAGUGUCAGUUGUCAGGAUGAUGUUAUAAGUAGUAGCUACAGUAGUAAGUCUCCAGUCCGUCAGCAUGCAGAAAUUAUGCUUGACGCAGAGAGAGAAUUUUUAACAUCAGACGUUUCCACCUCAAGCGAAAGACAAAACAAUGCUCCAGUUCAAACAGCGCAGACUUCCUACAAGAGCUCUUAUGCUUUAAGAGAAAAUUGUAGAGCGUAUGGAGAUGAAUCUUCUCAGUCUCAGACUGUCACUAGUUUGGAUUGCUCCAGGCCUCAGAGAGGCCGAGUUUAUAAUGGUGGUACUUCCAGUUGCACACCCAGAAACACUAAGAGCAGAGUCUGCAGCCAGUCUGAACCUCAAACAGGUAGUGUUAAGCUGGAGCAACAUUCCAGCUCACCUCCUGUGUUUGAGGAUGAAAGGGAAUUUUUAACGUCAGACGCGUCCACCUCAAGCGAAAGACGUAAAUGUGCUGCAAAGCCAAUGCAAACACCUUACAGAAGCUCAUAUGCUUCAAAUGAACAUUAUUGUGAAAUUAGCUCUCAAGAAGAGUCUUCUCCAUCUCAGGCAAGUCUAGAAUCAGGUUCUAGCUCUAGUCUUGAUUCUUCCAGGCCCCAAAAAAGCAGAGCUGAGGGUUCCUCUUCCGGUUGCACACCUAGGUACAGUAUGAGCAGACUCAACUGCCAAUCCAGACCCCAAACGCUGGCCAACCUCUCGUACACGCCUGGAGGACGUCCAAUAAUCACCGACAUGGAUGAGCCAGUGGAAUACCUUUAUACAGACACUGAAGAAGGCCAUGAACUGAUAGAAACACACGUUCCUCCAACAUCCAACAGCUCCAUGAGUUCCAGCGUUCUCACGUCCACCAGUGAGGACACAGUGCUGUAUGACUGGCGCACUCUGCAGGCCGAGGGAGGAAGUCCAGAAAAGGAAAAAGAAAACCGGCGCCCCAGCAGAGAGGACGCUCUCGAUACCAAAGGGCUGACGGACCGUGAGCUCAGGCGCAGACUGGUGGAGCUCGGAGAACGUCCCGGCCCAAUUAACGCACAAACACGACCGCUGUACAUCCAGAGAUUACGAGCGCUUCAGAAUACAUCAGCCACCCAGCAGAAAGCUGAGGACAGUUCAUCUGCGUUCACUGCUUACACCCCAGAGCUGAAUAAGGUUCUCUCUUCGUUCCAUCUGCCCGACUGCAAGGCAGAUGAGUUUGCACUUUGUGAGCAGUUUGAUCAGCCAGAUCAAAAUAAGAAAUGGCGCGAGGGCAUUAUAAAGUCCAGCUUUAACUACCUGCUACUGGAUCCCAGAGUGACGAAGAACCUUCCAUACCGGAGUCACUCCAUGACCCCUCAGGAACGUUUUCAGACUUUUGUCAGUGCGAUCUUCUACGUUGGAAAAGGGAAACGUUCUAGACCAUACAGCCACCUUUAUGAAGCACUGGAAUAUUUCAGAGGAGAUAAAACCUCCAAGAAACUUUGCUCGAAGGUGCAGCACAUCCUGCAGGUGUGGAAUUCUGGCCAAGGUGUGAUUUCUCUGCACUGCUUCCAGAAUGUCAUCCCGGUAGAGGCAUACACACGUGAGGCCUGCAUGGUGGAUGCUAUCGGCCUGAAGAUGUUGACCAAUAAAAAACGAGGUGACUAUUAUGGGGUGGUGUCCACCUGGACUGCAAAGAGGAAGCGUGAGCUGGGGGUCCAUCUGCUCUACCGAGCUAUGCAGAUAUUUCUAGCUGAGGGGGAGAGGCAGCUGAGGCCAGCAGACAUCAGACUAGGACAGUGAUGAUCUCUGGGUUUAAAUUGAGGCAUAGAUCUCUGAGGAUGUGGGUCUGUGUCUGGCCCUAAAUAAGGAACUUCAGGUCUAAGCUGUAUUUCUCUGGAAAUUGAGAAAAACAUGAACAUGGUCGUUCCGGAUGGGAGUAAAAUCAUCCAUAAAAGAGAAAAUUCCCAGGACCCCCUAAACUGAUCCAGUCCAAAUAGGGUUUACGAGUCCAUUCCUUACAUGCUUAUACAGUGUAGGUAAAUAUGGGGUAGCAUUAGCAAUAGCAUUAUCAUUUACAUUUGUUUCUGUGGUACAUAUAAUACAUUAUUGGGUAGAUUUCUGCACAGGGAUCAAGCUUAGUCUUGGACUACACGGUAUUAUGACUGCAGGAUUUCCAUUGAAAGGAAAACAUAGACUACGACUAGGCCUAAUCCUGUCCAGGGAACUCCCCUUAAAUUGCUUGUUUUAGCAAAAUUUUACAGGAGCCAAUUUUGAAUAGAAAAUGACUUGUAUACCCAUUUCUAAAUCCACAUACAAUUUUUACUUUAGAUAGCAGAUAA